GCGGAGUCUCGGCAGUCCUGGCAGGGCCGCCAUUUUUGCAAAGCGAAAAGAGACUGGGUUGAGGGGAUCUAAUUUCUGAAACUCGCCGCUUACUAGGGCCCAAUUUUAUCGCUUUUCAUUUGACUCAGCCUUCAGCUGGAGCCCGAGGAUCAAGAGAGCACUGAGCUGGGAGCGCGUCCCGUUGGUUUGGACCCAGGAGAAAGCCUUGCUAGUGAUCCGCAGUGUGUGGACAGAAGUAUUGUUUUGGUUGUGGAAGCUGUGUGGAUAGCGACGGGGCUCUCACGCAGGUCCUCCAGUUCGCCCUACGGAUCCCCCAGAGUGGACAUAAAACGGCCUUGUGGAUGCACUUAGAUGUCUGCAAUGACUGCUGUGGCUGGUAUGCCUCAGUGUUUCGGACUACCACUCUUCGGACUCAGUAGGACAAGAAGUGAUCAGCAGAGAACGUCAUGAGCAUAGUCAUUCCAGUAGGGGUGGACACAGCUGACACCUCAUACCUGGACAUGGCUGCAGGCUCAGAACCAGAAUCGGUGGAGGCCAGCCCCGUGGUGGUAGAAAAGUCCAGCUACCCUCACCAGAUUUACAGCAGCACUUCUCACCAUUCCCACAGUUACAUUGGCCUCCCUUACGCUGACCAUAACUAUGGGGCCAGGCCCCCACCUACGCCGCCGGCUUCGCCACCCCCCUCCAUGUUGAUCCGACAAGGGGAGGGUGGGUUGUUUCCUGGGGGCCAGGAUGAAGCGUCCACGGGCACCACGCUCAGCACCUCCGAGGAUGGCAGCUAUGGGGCAGAUAUUACACGCUGCAUCUGUGGCUUCACUCAUGACGACGGCUACAUGAUUUGCUGUGACAAGUGCAGUGCCUGGCAGCAUAUAGACUGCAUGGGCAUCGACAGGCAAAACAUUCCCGAGACCUACCUGUGUGAGCGCUGUCAGCCCAGACACCUGGACAGAGAGCGAGCCAUCUUGCUGCAGACCAGAAAAAGAGAGUGUUUGUCUGAUGGGGACACCAGUGCAACAGAGAGUGGGGAUGAGGUUCCAUUGGAGCUCUACUCCACCUUCCAACACACGUCAAAUACAAUCACUCUCACGACCGGGCGUCUUGGCAAUAAGCAAGCCGAUAAAAAACGAAAAAAGAGCGGUGACAAGGAGCCGCCUGCAGCCUCUGCCAAAGCAAAGAAGGCCUUCCGGGAGGGGUCCAGGAAGUCCUCCAGAGUGAAAGGUGCAGCUCCAGAACAGGAGCCGUCAGAGCACUCGUCCAUGUGGGAGAACAAAAUUAAAACCUGGAUGGAGAGAUACGAGGAGGCCAGCAGCAAUCAGUACAGUGAGGACGUGCAAGUUCUGCUGCGUGUCAAAGAGCAAGGCGACGGCAAGAGCCUGGCAUACAACACUCACCCGGCCACUUUCAAACCGCCAGUGGAGAGUCAGGUUCAGAAGAACAAGAAGAUUCUGAAAGCAGUCCGGGAUUUGGCCCCAGACUCGCUCAUUAUUGAGUACAGGGGCAAGUUUAUGCUCCGACAGCAGUUUGAGGCCAAUGGAUAUUUCUUCAAAAGGCCCUAUCCCUUUGUGUUAUUUUACUCCAAAUUCGAUGGACUGGAGAUGUGUGUUGACGCCCGCAGCUUUGGCAAUGAAGCUCGCUUCAUCCGUCGCUCCUGCACCCCAAAUUCCGAGGUGCGCCAUGUUAUUGAGGAUGGCAUGUUGCAUUUAUACAUCUACUCUUUGAGGCCCAUAUCCAAAGGCACAGAAAUCACCAUUGGUUUUGAUUAUGACUAUGGCAGCUGUAAAUACAAGGUCGACUGUGCCUGUGUGAAGGGGAACCAAGAGUGCCCAGUCUCAAAGCACAAUUUGGAGCCCACUGAGAACUUGGUGUCCUGCGGGCGACGUCGGGGCAGUCGCAAGGAGAAGGACUUGACGCGGGAUGACCAGGGCCAGAACCAGAAUCUGGGUUUGGAUAGCGAGCUAAAGGGGAAGAGUGUUGGCGACUGCAAACAGCGGAAGCUCUCUCCUCUUCGGCUUUCCAUCUCCAACAAUCAGGAUCCUGAGUUAUAUGAGGAUCUAGAAGACAAAACCUCCGUUAGCAAUGAAGUAGAGAUGGAGUCAGAGGAGCAGAUUGCUGAAAGGAGGAGGAAGAUGGCCAGCCCAGCGGAGCAGUCCCAUCUCGCUGUCGGGGCGGCCUCCAGCUGGAAGGGAUUGAAAAACAAGGAGACUCGAGAGGAGAGAAAGAUGGAGGCUAUUCUGCAAGCCUUUGCUCGGAUGGAGAAGCGGGAGAAGCGCAGGGAGCAAGCGUUGGAAAGAAUCGGGACCGGCAAGACGGAGGUGGGAGGGCGCAGUGAUAUCAAGGAGGAGCCACCAGCCGAACCCGAGAUGGUCGAGUCUCCAUCCGUCAUCCAGCCGCUUCUUGAGGUGAAGGAGGAGCCCGGGAUUAAACCAGCGAAAGUCAAAAGCACCCGGAACAGAAAAAGUUUCACCAGAAACCGCACCCACAUAGGACAGCAGCGCCGACGAGCCCGGACCAUCAGCACCUGCUCCGACCUAACACCUGGGUCUCCAGCGGAGCCUCUGGAACCGCUGGCUAAUGACGUCCCAGAGGGAGAGCCAACACCCAGCGUCCCAGAACCUGAGGCCAUUGCUUCUCAAGCUCUGGAGAGCAGCCCCCCACACAGCAGCUCGCCUGCCCCCGACAGACACCGAUCUGGGAGCAAGAACUUCAAAACAAAAAAGCACUUGGUCAGCGAGUGGGUGGGAGACAAGCAGCCGGACCGCCUGGCGUCUCGGACCCCUGAGCCCACCCCUGAGAGACCGUUGAGAAUAAGCAGUGACCCUGAAGUACUUGCCACCCAACUCAAUGCCCUUCCUGGAUUGGCUUGUUCGCCCCAGGUCUAUAGCACGCCCAAACACUACGUCCGCUUCUCAUCCCCUUUCUUGGCCAACCGCAGUCCAACGACUCCUGGGGUCCCCACCGGGAGGCGGCGGUCCAGAGAGCUGCCCGAAACCCCUCAGAGCACUGGCUCUUGCAAGAAGCGCUGGCUGAAGCAGGCUCUGGAGGAGGAGGGAUCUACAAGUCCAGCGAGAAGACCGAGUCUUUUCAUGCCGACUGAGGGUCCACUCAGCCCCUCUGUGAAUGGAGAGUCUGACAGCCCUCUACCUUACAAUGGCACUUGCCCAGUAUCAGAGUUGCCUACUCCCUUGAAAAAGCGACGGUUGAGUCCUUUAGACGCCUGUCUGUCUGAAAGCUCGACACCUUACGGCUCCCCUUGUGCCACGCCCACCCGAGCGGACCAAGUGGAGAUCCCCCUGCCCCCCAUCUUAAGUGCGACCCCACCACGUCCACGUGUGGAGGAUCAACACACCGAGCCUUUCCCCAGCACCCCGACACACACACUCAAUGUUCCGCAGGAGCUCGAGUCUUCUGUCGAAAACUCUCCAGACAUCAGCAGGAAACCCAGCGUGCAGGAGGCUGAUCGUCCUCCUUCGUUGGUCUUGUCACCUUGCAUCCGGACCACCAGCUCAGAUGCCCCGCAAUCGGAAAGCACUGCUCAAGGUCCUGGAAGUCCUCCACCUCCAGCUGCUGAGUCUAUGAACUGUGGCGAAGAGAAGGCGGACGGUGGAGCGGCAGAAAACACCAGUGAGGCUUCCUCCUCAGCCGAGACCUGCACUUCCUCCUAUCCCUGCUGGAUGAAAAGCCCGGAGAGAGGCCCACCUGGACCGGCCGGCCUCAACUUCUCCCCUGUCAACUCCAACUUAAGGGACCUGACCCCCUCGCACACACUGGAGCCUCUGGCGGCUCCCUUCAGGACUGAGGCUUCGUCUGGGGCUGUAUCAGGUUCCACAGCUGGACUGGGGUCACUGGUGAGCUCGCAGCCGCCCUUCACUGAAGCCCAGGGCCAGAUGUUCUAUCCCAGCUCAGAGGAAGGAUCUGCUCCCGGUGGCUUCCCUCGCUCCCUGAACGUGGACACUGCUGGAGAAGGAGGCUCGGCACAGAACCCCCCUCAGAAGAAGAAGGUUUCCCUGCUGGAGUACAGGAAGCGGCAGAGGGAAGCGCGGCGCAGCGGCUCCAAGACUGAAUGCAGCUCCCCUCUCUCCACCGUUCCACCUUUGACCGUGGAGGCUUUUCCCAACGCCGCAGAGACGCCCAGCGAGACCCAUGCUCCCCCACACCCCUCAGCACUCUGCAGCACGGCUGCAAAAGACCUCCAGUCCAGUGAGGAGCCCGAGGCUGGUGGAGAGAGGGAGGCAGGAGAGGGACACUGGAUUUCCUCCAACUCGGUGGAGCAGGCCCGAGAGCGCGGGUACCACCGCGCCCUGCUGCUCAACAAGGACAAGGACCCUGAUGUGGAGACGGAGAGCGGAGAGGCGUCUGCCGCCAGAGACUGUCCGUCCUCUAGCCCUCAAAAGACCCCGACUCACGUGCCCGGCUCCCCUGGUCCUGCCGACAGUGAGGGUCCGCCUCGCGCCAGCCAAGCACAGAGCAAGGCCCCGGGACCCAAGCCGGCGCCGGUGACGCCCACCAAGCUGCACCCGAGCCCGCUCCCUUCCUCGCCCGUCCACUUCCCCGGCUCGGCGCUCCUGCACUCGCCCAAGCCUCAGCCCCAGGGCUCGCCUUACCGCAGUCAGAGGACGCUGUUCUCCGGCGCGCAGCCUCAGACCGGGCCCCCUUCCUUCCCUCAGUACAGCCCGCAGGUGGCCCCGCCGCCGCCACCCCCACCCCCGCCCGCGCCGCAGGUGUCGGCCUCCUAUUUCCCCGGCUUCAAACCGGCGGUCAGCGCCGCCUACCCGCCCGGCUCUCAGCCCAUGCUGCAGACUCUCCCGCACAGCGUGCACUAUCAGACCUCAGCCGCCCCCCCGCCGCCCCCGCCUCCGCCCCCACAUCCGAUGCCGGGCCCCCACCUGAUGCACCUGCAGCCUCCCCCCAUCCAGCAGCACCAGCUCCUGUUAACCUCUGCACCCCCUCCGCCCCCGCCCCCCCAGGGCCAGGGCGCCCAGCAACAGGCCCCACCCACUGGAGCGUCCUUGCUGUCCCUCACCCCUCCUCCUCCGCCGCCUCCCCCGCCCCCCAACCCAUCCAGCACCUCCCAAAUACCUCCGCACCACUUUCAGAACUUGGGGAGCUUCCAGCCGGCGCUCCUUCACCCCGGUGCCGCCGCCAACCCCUCGGUGCCCCCCUCCACGUACCCGUCCCCCCUGCAGUCGGCCGGGCUGCCCCCUCCGCCCCCGCCUCCCCCCCAGCAGACUCAGCCAGGCCCGGGUCAGGCGGCGUCCUCCGGGACCCGCGGACCCCCUGCGUCCUCCGCCCCCUUCCACAGUUCAGGGUACCUGAGCACGGGGUGGCACUGACCUCCCCCCGACCCUCCCUCCCUCCGCUGCUGCCUGAGAACUCUGCCAGAGACAGGCUUGUACAGUCGUCCUGUAAAUAGGUUUUCUAUGUUCCCGGAGACACGGCCAGUGGAAACCUUCAGAGGGAAGACACUUCCGCACUCUUCAAUAAAGACUGUGUUGAGCUGAAAACGGACAGACCCCGGUGCUCCCCCCACCUCCCUCUCGCUGGCCUCUUUUUGCUUUUAUAUAUCCUUUCCAUGAGAGAGGCAAGCUCUUGUACGUGUCUUGUUUGGACUCCUGUCGUUAAAAAAGCCCGCACUUUGUUUAUCUCUGGACAUUCCAGCCCCCCUGACCUCCCUCCCUCCCUCCCCUUCAGUUUGUCUCCUCCUGGUUUCCCUCCUCUGUCUGUCAUCGACUCUUAGGUUUCUUUUAAUCUAGCGGCUCAUUAUAGACAAAAGAAAGCUUUUUGUAUAGAGACUAAACACACUUAUUUUUUUUAUUACUAGUCUAAACAGCAAUUAUCUGUUGACCGCUGCAGAAGAGCCCCAUUUUGGGGGAGCCUGUCUCCCCACCUCGGGAGGCUGCACUCGUGUUUGUCAGGUUCUAUGUGUGUGCGUGCGUGUGUGUGCGUGCGUGUGUGUGCGCAGUAACAGCUGCCUAGUAUGGAAACCAGAGGACGUGUGAGAGGUUUUGUAUCUGGAGUGUUCGCAGUCGUCUGAGGAAGAGCACGGUUUCGCCACCAGGUUCGGCCAUUAGCAGUUUAUUUUUCAAUAUCAAUGGUUCUUUGUAGAAAGUGUAAUUUAAUGUAUAGGUGGCUCCUCCGGCUUUCACACAAACAGGUUGUACAUAUUGCUUCUUUUCUUUUCUAAGCUUGUACUAUUGGCUCCCAUCCCAUUUUGCUACAUGGUUGUAAAUACGAGCGCUCGCAUCGAAAGGCUGAAUGUUUCCGUGGCCGUAGCAUUUUCAUUUCCCUCCGGACUUUACAACUUUUUUAUGGUUUGUGUGUGAGUGUAUGUUCGUGUGGAGGAGAAGCUCACAGACACUGCACUGGUUGGCUCUUUUCAUGGUUCAUUAUAAUAAAUCACUGUAAUGACAGUUUUAUACCAGCUGGUGUCGCCCUUCUCUCUGCUCAGCCGCUCCAGUGAGGGGAGCCUUGGUGGGGGGGGGACCGACGUCACUUCCUGGUGCGGUCCGCCGGAAGUUCCGGGACUGGAACCGGAUGUUAGGUCUACGAAUCGUGUUCAUUGGUUAUAUCUCGUAAAUUAAUGUGCUAUCGUUACAGUUUUACUGUUAAAUAGUGUAUAUUUAACAGUAAAAUCUGGAAAUUAUAGUUUUUUACGCGCAUGCGUAAGUACGAUCUGGUCCGUCUGCCUGAUGUGGUCCGCCGGAAAUGAUGGUGCUGGAGUAGGAAGUUACCAAUGAACCGGUUUAAAUUACCUAACCCUUCAUCGAGACUGUGCACGAUAUAACCACGGACGCAUGCGCUUACCAGUAAACGUCAGUUGG